AUCAAAACGCAGAGCGCGGCAGGGAAACACCUGUCUUACGCACAGCUCACAUGCUACCGAAAGUGACUUCACUAAACUCAUAGAGCUCUUGAGAGUCCGUCGAUAAAAGAUUCGCUGUUUUGUAUUUUCUUCAAACAUUCAGGACUACUUUAAGUCGAGUGAUUCGGUGUACAAACGUUCAAAUUCUUUUCCGCUUUGACAUUUUUUCACCUGUCCGUCCAAAUGUCGGUGCCUGCCACGGCGAUAGCUUCACCAGAAGCCUACAAGAAUGCCAAGCUAAUGACUGUUCCUGAUGUCGAUAUAGACAAAAGUGGAAAAUUCAAAUAUGUGUUAAUUAAGGUGCACGAUCCCUCUGGGGAUCGGGUAUUCAAACACAUUGUGAGAGGGUACGGCAGAUGUGACUAUCACGCUGAUGUUUAUGACGAGGUGUGCCCAGACAUAGAGAGUAAAGGUUUGGACUGCGAGUGUGUAGGGGGAGGUCGAAUAGAACACGACCCAGUCAAGAAAAAACUGCAGAUUUACGGAUAUUCUCAGGGAUUUGGUCAAGCUGAUCAUGCCAUUACAGCCGCUAUACUUAGCAGAAAAUAUAAAUAUGAAAAUAUUACAUUUUCCAAUGAAGGAUACUAGCAAAGGGCACAAUUAGGAUGUAAAGACUCAAUAUUUAAUGGAAAUAUUUGCAGAUUUGAUGCAUUUUUUGUCAGCUGGUCUGAAAACUUCCAUUGGAAUGGAGAGAUGAAGGAAUCAUUUUCCAGCAAGAGAGAGAUGAUCUCCUUCUCUCCUUUAUCUGUUUAUAAAAUGGGACUCUUGUGUAUUGUAGUAAACAUUUUAAGGCUAUGUUUCUUGUUGAUUUGAAAGUAUUUAAUGUGUGAACUUUGGAAUUAGUCAAAUAUUGUUUCUUUUUAUCAAAUUAUGUAUUGUAUAUGUGUUUAUAUGUAUUUAAGAUGAAAACUCCACUUCAUUUUGCGAAAAGCAUCAUAAUUCUUAUCUUCCUAGAUUUUCAUAUCAAAAAAUUUUGCAGACAAAAUAUACAAGAGUAAGUAAACUGUAGUAAAAAUAAAAUGAAAAAAAAAAUAUUUUUUUCCAAGUCAAAAAUCAGCAUUCCAUUUCUUUAUUGGAAAAAAAAAACAAUUAUGAACGAAAAGCAUAAACUUCAACCAUUGAGACUGACCUGGUAAUUUCCCUCUCUAUACAGACAGUGUGUGUGUAUGUCAUCUGCUUUUUUAUAGGCCAAAAUCCACUUUCAGUUCUGUUUUAAUGUGUUUAGUUGAUAUUAAUUUUUUGUUUUUUGUUCCCCUUGUUGUAAUUCAUGCAUUUACUUUUGUAUCAACGUUGUACUCUAACCAUGCAGACACAUGUACUUAUACUGCUAUCACUACUUGGAAACAAAUUGCCUGUUUAAAUUUCAUCAUUUCUCACAAAAAAUUAUCUUUUCAGAUAAACGAAGCACAGAUUCUACUUCUCUUAACUCACAUAUUAGUUUCGUUUCAUUGACCAUUACUCAUACUAGCCAAAUCUUAAAAGUGCAGUUUUCAGCAAUAAAAUGUUUUUUUUCCCAUCACAACUAUCUAGAACUUUUUCUUUAUUCUUGCUUUUUAUUCUUGAAUUGUAAUAAGCAGUUGAAUAAUAAAUAAAAUGCAUUAUGAGAAAAUUAUAUGAAAUAUUACAAGCAGUAUUAAAACUUUCAAAGGUUUGCAUUCACAUGUACUUUUAUCGUGCAUCAUUAUUGACCAUUUUUCAUACUUGAAUCAUCAGGCAUGUUUUUAAAUCAUGUUUUAUUCACUAUCUCCUAAGAGAUAUUUAAGUUGGACAUUAAAGUUUAGUUCAAGGAGGAACAAAAUUGUGUGUUUUUCUCUGUAAUUAUCAGUUAUAUUCUGUGUUAUUGAUAUUAAAUGGUUGUUCACAGUGUUCCCUUAAUGAUUUUGUUUUUUGGCUUAAUUUGAUGUUAAGACUUUAGGCAAAUACUGUUGAUGCUUUUGUAAACUUUUAGCUGCUGUGAUUCAAAAAUAAAAAAAAAAAGAUUGAAAAAUU